UAUUAAUGGUAUGGUACUUCUCCUUUACUUGGAAAGUACGGGUACAGACAUAUUAAGUAAACUCACAAUACAUUGAAAUGAUAGGCUAAAUAAUCUAUUUAGCCAUGGAUGUAAUUCUGAACGUUCUGUGAAAUAUGUCAUAUUCCAAUAAUAUAAUGAAAAAAUACAACUCAGUUCUAAAUAUAUUGUCAAAGCAAUAGGAGUUGAAACAAUUUGACGUGAUUAAGAAAACCAUCACAUACAUCAUUUUGAAGAGCAAAAUUUCUGAUUUGGUAAACGAAAAUGGGUAAACCAAAAGUAGUCUUUGCUAUUGGGGAUUUGGUAUUCGCAAAAGUUAGAGGUUACCCUACAUGGCCGGCGAAGAUCACUUCUCAUAAGAACGGCGUUUACAUUGUUAUCUUCUAUGGAACUGGCGAUGAAGGACAUAUUAAGCGUCAAAAUCUUUUUCAAUACACAGAAAAGGCGAAAAAAAAAUUCUCAACGGCAAGGGCAUUAAAAGAUCCCGCUUUUCGGAAGGGGAUUGAGGAAGUUGAGGCGGCAUUAAAGGACGUACACCCCGACCCUAUAAGGGGUGAUGACAUUGCAGACGAUACUCAACCUGAUGAUAAUGUUGCAGCUAUUAAUACCUAUGCUGGUGGUGAUGAAGAACAAAUGACUGCUGGAGAAUCUGUCAAUACGUCAGAGACGGUAGAAGUUAAUGAGGAAAACAUACGGGUCGCCAUACGGGUGGACGAGGAAAAGAGCAGUCAACCUAAAGAUUACCCCAAUGUUACAUGCAUCCGAAGACCAAUAACACCUGAGCACUAUGUUGACAAGAAGGAAUGCCUAGCUACAGGUCAAGAGGAUAAUGUAAUUUCAGUGGAAGGUGAAUGUUCUAAAAACAUUGAUGCUAAUAAGCCAAAGACAAUAAUCCCUCCAAAUACAACCCAACUCAAAUUAAAUAAGGUUCCCUUUACUCGUAUUCCGCCUUAUAUAAUUAAUUAUAUGCAAUAAUUUCA